CAAAGAAUCAUGCGCUACUUCGAAUCAUAACACCAGAGUUUUGACAGGCUGUUGAAGAAAGAGCGUUUCGUGUAGAAUUUUGUAGAGAGAGGGCCACGUGGGUGUCUCGUCUUCUCGUCAAUCAAAUUUAUCAGAGUUCCCGAGACGGGAGAGAGAGAUAUCAGAAUCGAACUCCAUUUAAAUCGCGCCUGUGAUGCGUGAAUUCUGUCAGCAGCAAUGAAAGGCGUCUUUUCGGCGCCUGGAGAUUACAUCCACUUCAAGUCUCAAGUUCCCCUCCACAAGAUUACUAUUGGGUCUAAGCAGUGGAGAUAUUAUGACUUUGGUCCAAAGGUUGUGCCUCCACUUAUCUGUAUCCCUGGGACGGCAGGAACAGCUGAUGUUUAUUACAAACAGAUCAUGUCACUGUCCAUGAAGGGUUACAGAGUAAUUUCUGUUGAUAUACCACGUGUAUGGAAUCAACAUGAGUGGAUUCAAGCAUUUGAGAAGUUUUUGGAUGCUAUUGAUGUUCAUCAUGUACAUCUUUAUGGAACAUCGCUAGGAGGAUUCCUAGCUCAACUUUUUGCUCAGUAUCGUCCAAGACGUGUUCGGUCGUUGAUACUCUCAAAUUCAUUUUUGGAGACGCACAGUUUCUCAGCUGCAAUGCCAUGGUCUCCCAUUGUUAGUUGGACCCCUUCCUUUUUGCUGAAGAGAUACGUCUUAACAGGGAUCCGCAAUGGGCCACAUGAGCCUUUUAUUGCUGAUGCUGUGGAUUUUGUUGUUUCCCAGGUUGAAACACUCUCAAGAGAGGAUUUGGCCUCAAGGUUAACUUUAACUGUGGAUGCUGCUUCAGUUGGACCUCUCUUGCUUUCAGAUUCAUUUAUUACUAUAAUGGAUACAAAUGAUUAUUGUGCCAUUCCACAACAAUUGAAAGAUCAACUAAGUGAGAGGUAUCAUGGGGCAAGACGAGCAUAUCUGAAGACGGGAGGUGAUUUUCCUUUUCUCUCACGCCCGGAUGAGGUUAACCUACACAUCCAGUUACAUCUGAGGCAUGUUGGAGUUGAAGCCAGCCCAGACUUGGUUCCAGGUGCCCCAAAGGGUGGCAGUGGUGGGAGUCCUAGUGGAAAGUACGAUGAAGAAGGUGCUGAUGACUCCCAAAAUGAUGAUAUAGGAGGCGGUGCUAGCUCUAACGCAGAGGAUAAUUUGCCCCCGAAAUCAGAAAAUGGAGAUUCCCAUCAUCUGAACGACCAGCCCCUCAAUACUGCAAACAUUAGCUUCAUGAGUUCAGAAGAACAUUUAAUGUCUCUCCUGAUAGCUCAUACAGUCAUGGAUAUCGUGAAAAUUGAAACCAUUCUCUUAUCUACCCAGGCAUUAUCAACUUUUUUUCUGUUGCCAUAUCAUGUUGGGGCCUUGUACGUUACUUAAGCUAAGUCUAGACUAUCUUGUAACAUGGAGCAAGUGCGUGCCAAUGUUUUUAUGAGUUUGUAGACUAAUGGACAUUGAUCAUUUUAUUCGUGCAACUGCCUUGACUGGCUUUUGUCUGGCUGGCAUAAUUUCAAGGUCUUCUGUGAUUUAUUUCUGUACAAGUGUAAUGUUUAUCAAUUUCUUCUAUUUAUCCAUGGAAUGACUAUUUAAAAGAAAGCUGGGUGUGAAAGAAAUAAACAUAUCUAGCCUUAAAUGGA